GGGCGUACUAUGGACUUAUGGACACACUGUUUAAAAUCAGUUUAGUGUUUGAAAAGAGCAAUCCAGGGGAGUGUUGAAAAAACGAUGACAAUACUUCGACAACCCGAUCUAAUGACAUAAGAAAAAAUAGAUAGUCAAGGUAUCAAAUAAAAAUGGCAGUUUUAGACCAGUUUAUCGAGUAUAAGAUAUAUUUGUACUUACUACUGAUAGGUAUACCCUGCCUUAUAACUUUCGGAACAAUCGGUAACACCUUGUCUCUUAUUGUUCUUGUUAAGCCUAAACAACGACGUUGCUCAAUUUCCAGAAUUUUAAGUGCACUUGCUGUCACAGAUCUAUGUUUUCUUUGGAUAGCUGGUCUCAUUAUUUGGCCACGUGCUGCAUUUGGGAUAAACGUCAGUGAUUCUUCGGAUUUUGUAUGCAAAUGUCUUACAUUCAUGGCUGCCUCUCUUGCACAGAUAUCAGUUCUGCUGAUCGCAACAAUAUCACUAACUAGGCUUAUAUCCGUCUUGCUACCACACAAAGUUAAAUCUAUUUGUUCUUUACGAAACAUAAAUAUUUGUAUUACCUUGAUAGUUAGUUUGUGCUAUCUGGUAAACAUUCAUAUACUUGUUGGCUUAGGUCUGAAAGAAGAAGGACACUGCGCCAAAAUCGAAGGAAUCUACAAUACGUUAGUUGUGAAAAUGUUGGUUAAUCUGGAAAUUGCAUUCUUUAUCCUUAUACCAGUCGCAUUUGUGAUCGUUGCAAAUAUCUUGACCGGAGUACGAAUUGCGUUCAGAACCAUCAAACCCGUUGUCAUGAAACGUUCACAGAAACAGCAAUCCUUCAGAACGACAAAGAUACUGACCAUUUUGAGCAUCGUUUUUCUCGUAUCUACUAUACCUGUAGCUGUCUUUUAUGCAUCAUAUAGCGGCCAGCAGCUAAACCACGGAACUAAUCACCAAGAUGCAGUAAUAUUACUGUUCUGGGGCGCGGCAUCGUUUGCCUACAUGACCAACAGUGCGAUCAAUUUUGUUCUGUAUUUUCUUCUUGCUUCAAAAUUCCGAAAAGAGGUAAAAAAAAUGUUCAGCUGUAAAAAAAAACAAGUAACAUGUUGCUUAAUCGCACAACUGUAAGGGUCCAUCCGGCACGCACAAUUGACAUAAUAUAAAACCGUUAAGUGUUGAAUUAGAAAACACAUGAAAAAACGUUUACGGAGCUGACAAUAUAUGAUUUUAAUAAAAAUGUUACAGCAAGCAUUUCGACAUGUACGAGGUUUGGAAGUUUUGUAAAGUACAUGUACUAUGUUUAUCUUGAAGCACAAACAAACACUCGGUUGUGCAAUACAUUUCAGGAGACUAUUAGUAAACUUACUUCUUGACCUUUAGCGCAACGUACGCAGGCAUCACUUUAAUAGAAACCAAAUGAAU